CCCAUGCGUCGGAGUUCGGACCCCUGCCUCCUCCUAAAUUUUCCAUUUCCCUACGGGGCGGACGCAUCCAGAGAGACGGAGAGCACGAGGGAAGACUGAUAUAGAGAGAUGCCGAGAUGAAGUGUUGUCACCGCCCCCACUGCCUCCGCCUCGACUCCUCCUCCUCCAAAGCCUCCAUCGCCACCGCCGGGUUCUUCGUCUCCAACUCCUAUUUCCUCCUCCUCUUCUCCUCCCUCCUCCACCCCUCCGCCGCCCUCGUCCACCUCCGCGCCAACUCGUUAUCCUUCACCUUCCUUGACGCCCCCGCUCGCUUCGCUGCUCCCGUUCGUGGCUCUGGGGUUUGUGGAGCUCUGCACAUUGCCGAUCCGAUCGACGCUUGCUCUCCAAUCAGGCACAAUAGGACCGCUGGAGGUGGAGCCGGGCAGUCGGCGCAUUCCGAUUUUGUUCUUAUCGUGAGAGGUGUUUGCAACUUCGAGAACAAGGUCAGGAUUGCUCAGGAUGCCGGAUACCAGGCCGCCAUCAUCUACGACGACCAGGAGAAGGGCAGCUUGUACUCGAUGACUGGGGACUCUGCGGGCAUACAUAUACAUGCAGUAUUUGUUUCAAAGAUGGCAGGUGAGACCCUAAAGAAAUUUGCUCAUGGUGAAGAAGGAGAAUGCUGUAUAGGUUCUUCUGUGGAUGAGACAGCUGCAACAGUAUUGGUAAUAUCCUUUGUCUCAAUUGUUGUCAUAGCAUCGGUUCUUGCAGCAUUUCUCUUGGCUCGAGAUUGUCGGCUUCUAAGGCAUGGAACCCAUAACCGUCCUCCUAGUAUCAACAGACAGGCAGUGGAAGUCCUUCCUUGCUUCACAUUCAAAAAUUCUGGUGUAAAUAACAACCACAUGGAAGAGACUUGUGCCAUUUGUCUUGAGGAUUACAGAGAUGGAGAGACUCUUAGGGUUCUUCCCUGUCUUCAUGGUUUCCAUACAAUGUGUGUGGACUCAUGGCUGACGAAAUGGGGAACAUUCUGCCCAGUUUGCAAGCAUGAAAUGAGCUCAGGAGAAUAGGCUACCUGAUUUUAAGCAAAUGAACUUUCACUGAAGUUAUUGAUGGAUGAUUAAGUGCUUACAAUUCCACCUCCCUACAAGAUAUCUGUCUUCUGUUUAGAUUGCACCUAUAAAUGGAAUAAGGCUGGUCAUUUUUUAUUUCCUUUUGAAAUGUCUUCAGGGAAUUUCGUGCCUUAUGUAAGACAAGAAGGGUGUGUUUAUGAAGCUAUAGCAUGCACCUCUCCAUCUGCAAGGCAUUGCAAGCAAAAACAGUGAGCAAUCAGCUAUCCUUUUGAAGCUUCUGACUCAUGUUUCAUUCCUGUCAUGUUUCCUUCAUCAUGCUAUCAUUUUGUUCACAAGGGGUAGAGUGGAUGAUUCUUUCUUCCCAUCUAUGUGUCUUUUAUAUUUUUGUUUGUUACUUAUCCGAGAAGAUGAUGUUUAGCGGUGUUCCGGUGUGAUGUGUUUCGAUCGUGUGUAUAAUUUGAUGAUCAUGAGGGGGUGUUGAGCUGAUAGAUCGAGUUACUUGGCAACUGACAAUGAAUUGAUCUCUACUUUUAGAAUGAUAGACCAUGUAGUUAUGUUAUAAUGUCAGCAUGUAAUGCCUGUACAUAACAUUGUGUUCGGUAAUCUUCAUAAUUUUCGUCAUUGUAACAGACCUUGUAUCAAAAUCGCGUGCCGUUACCUGUGA